AUGAAAGAUGUGCUGUAUCCGAAAGGGGGGGCUGCCACUGGGCAUUUCAAGCAGGAAGGGGCCGCCCAUGGUGAAUUAGAGGCUUAUGAAACUGUCACCUCUGCAGAGCCGCCCCCGCCAGCGCCCCUGCUCCUCUCACCACCAGAUCUUGUGGGCUCUGAGCCUGGCAUCCCGACAGUGUGGGCCACCAGUCUCCUGCUCUGGGGUGGGGGCGGGGAGCACAGAGAGGCCUGGGUGCUCCUGCCUGCGCAGCAACUGGUUUUUGUGAUUGUUUUACUCACAGACUACAGAGUAAUUGGCAAAAUAGGUGAGGGGACGUUUUCGGAAGUUGUGAAGAUGCAGAGCCUGAGAGACGGAUGCUACUACGCAUGCAAACAGAUGAAGCGGCCCUUUGAAAGCGUGGAGCAGGCCAGCAGCCUCCGGGAGGUCCAAGCCCUGCGGCGCCUGAACCCGCACCCGCACAUCCUCACGCUGCACGAGCUGCUCUUUGACAGAAAAUCUGGUUCUCUUGGGCUGAUAUGUGAACUCAUGGACAUGAAUAUUUAUGAGCUGAUACGAGGGAGAAGACGCCCGCUGUCGGAGCGCAAGGUCGCGAGCUACGCAUACCAGCUGUGCCGCGCCCUGGACCACGUGCACAGAAACGGAAUAUUUCACAGAGAUGUAAAGCCAGAAAACAUAUUAGUAAAGCAGGGCGUCCUGAAGCUCGGCGACUUCGGGUCCUGCCGGAGCGUCUACACCAGGCCGCCGCACACGGAGUACAUCUCCACCCGCUGGUACCGGGCCCCGGAGUGCCUGCUCACCGACGGCUGCUACAGCUACAAGAUGGACCUGUGGAGCGCCGGCUGCGUCCUGUACGAGAUCGCCAGCCUGCAGCCCCUCUUCCCCGGGGCCAACGAGCUGGACCAGAUCUCCAGGAUCCAUGACGUCAUGGGCACCCCUCCCGCCAAGACCCUCACCAAGUUCAAGCAGUCAAGAGCUAUGAGUUUUGAUUUUCCUUUUAAAAAGGGGUCAGGGAUACCUCUCCCGACGGCCAGUCUGUCCCCGCAAGGCCUCUGCCUGCUGCGCGCCAUGGUGGCCUAUGACCCCGACGAGAGAAUCACGGCCUACCAGGCCCUGCAGCACCCCUACUUCCGAGAGCAGAGGGCCAUGGAGAAGCAGGCUCUGGGCAGCCACAGGAGAGCCGUCUUCCCCGAGUGCCCUGUGGCCAUGGACCCGCUCGGCAGCAAGUGGCAGAUCUCCAAGGAGAGCAGAAAGCAGCUGCAGCCCCUGAAGCAGGAGGAGGACCAGCCCAGGAGGCCGGGACCGGCCAGCCUGACGGAGCUGCCCAGACUGAAACUCUCGGGGGUGACCGGCCUGUCGUCCUCCAGCCUGGUGCUGCCCUCAGUGUUUGGACACAGAGGGAAUGGGACGGUCCCAGGGCUGAGGCCCCUGAAGUGUGGGGGCGCAAACCACAAGACAGAUCCGCAGAAGGAGGUCCAGCCUGCCCUGGAGCAGCUGCGCCCGCCUGCCACAGAGAGGAGAGGCGGGGGGUGCUGA